GGGGAGGUGGGGAAGGAGAGCGAGCGUUCCCGGCAUGCUCCGCGCGGUUGCUAGCGAACAUGGCGGAGGGCGGAGCGGCCGAACUGGAGACGCAGCGCGCCGAUACCGCGGCGCUGAUGAAGACCCCGCUGAAGAAGGGCGAUACCUGUGCCUUCCUUGAGCUAGGCGAAAAUGAUUUCUUUGGCAGUCGGAACUUGAGCAUCAUAAUCACGUGGCCAGACGAGUGGAGUUGGUUUCAGAUGAUCAUGGCACCGAUGCUGGUACUGGUAAUAGAGCAGAAGAAUGAAGAUGGAACAUGGCCAAGAGGUCCUUCUACUAAUAAGUCUCCAAGUGCUUCAAAUUUUUCAACAUUGCCAAAGGUUUCCCCUUCAUCUCUAUCCAAUAAUUAUAGCAGCUUCAACAACAGAAAUGUGAAAAAUUCAAACUACUGUAUUCCCCCAUAUUCUGGCUAUAACAGCUACGAUUAUCUAGAAGCAGGAAGACACAGUGAACAGAGUGGCCUGUGUGGCUUGAGUAAUUUGGGUAACACGUGUUUUAUGAAUUCAGCAGUACAGUGUUUGAGUAAUACCCCUCCACUGACAGAAUACUUCCUUUCUGAUGAGUACAUGGAUGAGUUAAAUCAUGACAACUUACUGGGAAUGAAAGGAGAAAUAGCAAAUGCUUACGCAGAUCUCAUCAAGCAGAUGUGGUCAGGAAAAUAUAGCUAUGUUACACCAAGGGCAUUUAAGACACAGGUUGGUCGCUUUGCUCCCCAGUUUUCGGGCUACCAGCAACAAGACUCUCAAGAAUUGCUGGCCUUUCUCCUUGAUGGCUUGCAUGAAGAUUUGAAUAGAAUUAGAAAAAAGCCAUAUAUUCAAUUGAAGGAUGCAGAAGGCAGACCUGAUGAGGUGGUUGCUAAGGAAGCAUGGGAAAAUCAUAGGAAACGGAACGAUUCUAUCAUUGUUGAUAUUUUUCACGGUCUUUUUAAAUCUACUCUUGUGUGCCCCGAAUGCUCAAAGGUUUCUGUGACAUUUGAUCCUUUUUGUUAUUUAACACUUCCUUUGCCCUUGAAAAAAGAACGCACUUUGGAGGUUUUCCUUGUCAGAAUGGAUCCACUUACCAAACCAAUGCAGUAUAAAGUAGUUGUUCCAAAAAUAGGCAUAAUUUCCGAUCUGUGUGCUGCACUGUCUACUCUGUCGAAUGUUCCUGCAGAUAAAAUGGUUGUCACGGAUAUAUACAACCACCGAUUCCAUAGAAUAUUUUCCAUGGAUGAGAACCUCAGUAGUAUCAUGGAAAGAGAUGAUAUCUUUAUUUUUGAAGUAACUGGCAAUAGGACAGAUGACACAGACGCUGUUGUGAUUCCAGUAUAUUUACGUGAGAAGUAUCGGCAGCCUACCUAUGGCCACCAUAGUAAUGUGUGCUUGUUUGGACAACCCUUUAUGAUAUCUGUGCCCAGAAACAUAACUGAGGAAAAGCUUUACAACUUACUACUGAUGAAAAUGUGCAAUUGGGAUGUUCGUGCCCCAAGAUGCUCUGCAGGAAACAAAGUUUAUGAAACAAAAUUUGACACCAGUCCACGUAAAAUAUUAGAACAGGUUUCCAAAGGCUUGGUCAAAGAAGUAGAUUUUAAGGUGUAUUUUGUAGAAGGAGAGAAAGGUGGCGAGUCAUUGACAGGAAAUUCCUGUGCUUAG